ACACGAUUUGGAUCUUCUGAACUCCGUUGUUACAGAAAGCUAGGGUUUGAUUCUGAACAUCGAUUCACAGACGAUUCUCAGGCUUUAUCUUCUGAACAGAGCAUCAACCCGUGGUUCACCAAAAUCAAUUCACCGUCUGCAGAUUACGUUCCUCUACGCCGUCGUUUACGCGUAUCAGGCGGAAAUGCUAACGGUCAUCUAUGGUGCACACCCUGUGUUACAAAAAGACGUUCUGUCAAGAUUAAUAAUUUAGAACUUCCCAGAACCAGUUUUGUGUUAGAAAGACCCUUUUGCUCGAGUGCCGGUCACAGUUCACCGAAACUUGUAUACAAUCAGCCCAAAAGAAACUAUACGAGAGUUCAGGCAGCAACUUCCGGGUCUCUAAGUAACAAACUUAUUUUUCAAACGUCCGAAAAUGAGUUUGAAGCUAAUUCAUAUAGCGAUGAGGCUGUGCAGCCUAACCCUAAAUACGAAAACAGAUUUCUUAUAAUUGCACGCUUAGGCUCUUUUAUUAAUAAUGCUGCUGAAUCUUUUUUCAAAAGUGAGAUACGGAGGAGGUUGUUUGUUACUGCUGCGUUACUUGUGAUUAGUCGUGUUGGAUAUUUUAUUCCUCUUCCUGGGUUCGAUAGAAGAUUAGUGCCGGAAAACUACCUAAGCUUUGUUUCGGGAUCAGUUGAGGAGCUUGGUGAGCUGGCGCCAGAACUUAAGCUUUCUCUCUUCCAACUUGGAAUUAGUCCCCAAAUUGUAGCAUCAAUUGUUAUGCAGGUACUUUGCUAUGUUGUUCCUUUGUUGAUCAAACUGCGAAAAGAAGGCUUGGAUGCUAAUGAGAAAAUAAAGAGUUAUAUAUGGUGGCUGUCAUUUGGCUUUGCAAUAGUAGAGGCACUGAUUAUUUCCUAUUUUUCACUUUCAUAUUCAAUUUAUGCAGCAAGUGCCAGUCAAAGGGUGAAACACGUCAUGUUGACAACAAUGUUAUUGGUCUCUGGUGCAAUGACUACAACAUGGAUUUGUGAUAAAAUAUCGGACUCUGGUUUUGGUCAUGGAUCAUCUUUGCUCAUAUGUGUGAAUAUUUUGACUGGCUAUGUCGAGACAUUACACAAAAUGUUAUCUCAGCUCACAGGUGCUGGAAGUAGUGUUGGAUUGUGGCCUUAUAUAUUUGCAGUAUCUGGUGUCUUCGUUAUCGUUACUAUGUGGGCCGUUAUCGUAACACAAGGUUGCAGAAAAAUCAAGCUACAAUACUAUGGCUUCAAACUUGCAUCUUCUACAAGAAAAGACGCACCAAUUACAGAGGUGGAGCAAUAUAUCCCAUUUAAUAUUAAUCCUUCUGGAAUGCAACCUGUCCUCACUACCAGCUAUCUAUUGGGUUUUCCCGCUAUAGUCGCAAGUUUUUUCACUUCACGGUUUUGGGUAAAUGUAAGAGAGGUUCUUAAUCCUGAAUCAUCUCUUGGAGCAGCGCCAUGGGUCUACUAUACAAUCUAUGCGUUCUUCGUUUUUGUUUUCAACAUAUUCGAUAUUGCCAACAUGCCGAAGGAAAUUGCAGAGUAUUUAAAUAAAAUGGGUGCAAGGAUACCAAACGUAAAGCCUGGAAACGCCACUGUUGAAUAUCUGGCAAAAGUUCAAGCUUCAACCCGUUUUUGGGGUGGUUUGCUAUUGAGUGUACUCGCCACAUCAUCAACAAUUCUUGAUCAUUAUUUGCGAAAAAGAAAUGAUGGGUUUUCGAUAGGGUUUACAUCUGUUCUUAUCAUUGUGGGUUCGAUCAUUGAACUGAGAAGAUCAUAUCAAGCAUACAAUGUAAUGCCAAGUUUAAGCAAAGCUUUAAAAAGAUACGGCGUAUAACAAUUAAAAGAAGAAACCGAGAAAAGGUAGAUUGUUUAAAUCGGGUUAAACAUACUGCAAAACCGAGUAUGAAAGGAACAGCUAUGAUGGAGUUCACCUACAAACAAGAAAAUUAGAAAGGAAGAUUUUGUAUAUACCGUUUCUGUUUCAUUUUUUUAGGGAAAAUGAUUUGUAUGGUGAAUUGUUAUCUUAGCGGAUCAUCAUCUUAACAAUGGAAGUUAUUUAUUUAUUUUUACAGAUCAUCAUCUUAACAAUGGAAGUUAUUUAU